CGGGAUUCAGCAGCCGGCGGCGUGCGAUGCACGUUGCUUGUCGAGUAGCUCCCUGGGCACACUGUUUACGAGCACAUGGUAGAGGCCGAGUGACGCUGUCUUUUCUCUUGAGGGUUGGAGCGGUUGGACUGUUCUGCUUUUCGAGAGCAGCUCCUGAGAGCAGCCUGUAAAUUUCCCGACUUAAAAAUUUCGUGUCACGGGGCUUUUAAAUCGGCCGGAGUCGUAAGCGCGGUCAGGUAGUUUUUUCACGCUACGACGGUGCUUUCUAUGUGCAACUACGCAGUAUAGGACGUAUCGAGCCUGUUCUUCAAGACUCAAAGGCGGCCGGACGGAAGUUUUUGACCCGGUCUUGUGUAACCAGGUGUCGGCCUUAUGACGACAAUGAGUUCUGAUUGUUUCAAGUUCCGAAAGUUGUAAGACUGCAACAGCGUCGUUCUUGAGACAGCGAGAAGUGGACCGUCGUUUUUCAGCGGCCUGCGAAGGCCGCCCUCUGACGGUUGCCACCGGCGCUGAUAAUCAACUGCAGUUCCUGACAUUAGGCAGCGAAGAAAUCGGCGUUGCCUGAAUUGCGGAAGAAAAGCACCACGCAUUGUCCGCUCAUCUCCUGACUACGAGAUGAGCCCCUCUGAACGAUCAUCGCUGUUGACCGUCUCUGGUUCGAGGCAGAAGAGAAACACGGCAUUCUUUGUGGCGGUCGCAGCUGUUCUGUUCACCGUGGCGAGCAUCUCGGGACAAGCUUCGCCUGACGUGAUUCGCAUCGGUGUGGUUUUCGACCAGGAAAGCUCUCCCGAGGAGCACAAAUUGCUCUCGCAGUCUCUGGAAAGAGCAAAGCUGAACGUCAGUGACCCACCACAUGUUGCGUCGGAGAAUGUUGCAAGUGGGCAUCCACCAGGUACCGGCACUUCGGACAGCGUUCGUCGCCUAAGCCUGGCUACCGUGACGCUGAACGCCGACGACAUUUUACGGUCAGCCAAGAAGCUGUGCAGAAUUCUCGAGCAAGGCUUGCUGGCAGUGCUGGGACCGCGGCAGCCGGAGACAGCAUCGCUGGUACGCACCGCUUGCUUCAGGCACAGGAUGGCACUCUUCUACUCUCACCGUGACGACGACGCUUACUUUCGAGUCGCUCCUGACUCGGUGUCCAUUACGCUCUCGCCGUCACCCGUAGAGCUUAGCCAGGCGCUGAGGGAUCUUGUGGAAGCACAGCAAUGGGCACACUUCACGAUUAUCUACGAAAGACCGGAGGCGCUGGUGCGACUUCGUGGGCUCCUCAACAUGCAAUCACACUUUGGUGGCCAGCCUGUACCGGUGUCGCUUCGGAUGCUGACAGAGAAGGAAGAUCCACGGCCCUUGUUGCGGGAAAUCGCAAAGUCUGGAGACAGCAACGUUGUCCUGGACCUUGCCGCGGAGAGGCUUUCCAAAGUGCUCAAAGUGGCGCAAAAAAUAGGAAUCAUAACGGAGUAUCACAGCUACGUUGUGACAACACUGCAGGAUAUGCACACUCUGGACCUUACGCCCUUCCAAUACUCGGGGGCAAACCUCACUGGCUUCGAACUGCUGAACAGGGAACUAUGGGAGCAAGACAUCGGUGCCGUCCGCCAGGCAUACGCUCAAAAAGGCGUUUAUCCCAUAUUCCUUGGGCCGAGGCCUUCCAGAAACCUCAUGCGGACAGAAGCUGCACUCGCUCAAGACGCAGUGAAUAUCCUCGCAAGAGGAGUGGGGAGCUUGGCGACAACAGGAAAGCUGGGCCGGCCACCUGCCAUACGCUGCCAAGGGAAUCAUUCCUUUGAGGUGUGGGAGCAGUCUCGGCUCCUUGUGGACGCUGUGAAGAAGACGCCUUUCUCCGGUCUGACUGGUCCCGUCUCGCUCGACCACAUGGGUCGCCGGCACAAUGUAUCUCUUCAUGUGGUGAAGCUGAAGCGAGGAGGUCUGGCUUCAGUCGGAACAUGGAGCGCAUCGUCGGGGUUGCACAUGACCCGUAUGGAGAAGACGUUCCAGGAAGAAGUGCUGAGCACGCUGAGAAACAAGACUUUAAGGAUAACCACAAUUCUGAACGCACCGUACGUGAUGCUGAAAACGUCUGCUCGCAAGCUCAGUGCCAACGACCGCUUCGAAGGAUUUUGCGUGGAUCUCCUUCGUGAAAUCUCUCAGAACCUAGGGUUUCGUUAUCAUAUCAGGCUAGUCAGGGACGGCGCACAUGGCACCAGAGACGCCAAAGGCCGUUGGAAUGGCAUGGUCCGUGAACUGAUUGACAAGGAGGCGGACCUGGCGAUAGGGGACCUGACCAUUACGUCUGCUCGUGAAGAAGCCGUGGAUUUCACGCUGCCUUUUAUGACGCUGGGAGUGAGCAUCUUGUUCAGCAAGCACCAGGAGGAGCACUCUCUCUUCUUCUUUCUCUCGCCCCUCUCCGUUGAUGUGUGGUUGUGUGUGGCCGCUGCGCACGUGGUAAUAAGUCUAUUGCUCUGUUGCGUGACGCGCGUCGAAAGUGCCCGGAGGAGUAGCAGGAGCACUGUCGAAACGCGCUGUUACUGCGAUUGCCAUGAAAGUACAGCUCACUGUGGUCAAAAGUGCGUCGAAGAAAAGAUAGGUGGUUGUUCGCAGCUCGACAUUAUAAAAGUGAAAACGAAUGGCACCGAUUCGAUGAUGCAGCAUGGUGAAAGGAUAUGCGGGGGCGCUGAAAGCCAUGACACGACGGGCAUUGUGAAGAAUCAGUUGACCUUGUUCAACAGCCUCUGGUUCACGAUCAGCUCAAUCAUGCAACAAGGAUGCGAACCUUUACCAAGGUCUGCCUCGACGUGCAUCAUUGCUGCAACCUGGUGGCUCUUUUCAUUUGUGCUGGUGUCCUCCUACACGGCGAACUUGGCCUCGUUCUUGACGCGUGAGCGGCUUCGAUCGCCCAUUGAAAGCGUCGAGGACCUGGCCGAGCAGUCGGAAAUACGCUACGGCUGCGUGCGCUCUGGAUCAACACAGGCAUUUUUCCAGGAUUCGAGGCACGAAACGUACGAGCGCAUGUGGCAUGCCAUGAGAGAGGACAUGGUAUCUUCGAACGCACAAGGUGUGGCACGGGUGCAAAGCGGUGGCUACGCUUUCCUUAUGGAGUCCACCAGCAUCGAAUACGUGGUCCAACACCAGUGCCGGCUGACGCAGAUUGGUGGGCUACUGGACUCCAAGGGAUACGGGAUCGCGCUGCCUCACGGGUCGCCGUACCGAAGCUUCUUCUCGUCGGCUAUUCUGCGGUUACAAGAAAACGGAACCUUACACAUGCUGAAGGAACGCUGGUGGAAAGUGCAGGAUCCAAGCAGGCGCUGCCCCGAGGAAGACGGUCCGUCUAGGCCAGGUUCGGCCAGCGAGCUGGGACUCCCCAAAGUGGGCGGGGUCUUCGUUGUUCUGCUCGCCGGUCUGGGCCUCGCCUGCCUCAUCGCCUUCGUCGAGUUCUUCGUGAAAGUGCGCUCAGCGCGCAGGUGACUGCGCAUUUACAAUAGAGUCGACGCAAUGGAGAUCGAAAAAAUUAACGUAAGGCUGCACCGGAGCAAAAUAUUUUGGAGAUAGAAUGAUGCUGCGAUAUACUACACACAGAAUGUUAGAACCAAUUUUGCUCACCUGUUCUUGGUACUCACGUUUUGGAUGAAAGAAUACACUAU